GCAAAACCCAUUUACGGUGGCUGGCUGCUCCUGGCUCCAGAUGGGACUGACCUUGACAACCCAGUGCAUCGGUCUCGGAAAUGGCAGUGGCGGUUCUUUAUCCUCUACAAGCACAGCCUCUUGCGCUACGCCCUGGACGAGAUGGGGUGGAGGGGGUUGCUACUGACACCUACUGGGUCGAGGCCGGGGAUGCUCUUAAACAUGCUGCAAUGCACAGGACAGCCACUCACAACCCAGAAAGAUCCAGCCCCAAAUGACAGCAGUGCCAAGGCUGAGAACCCUGCAUGA